CCUCCCUUGCGCUCGACUACGACUUCACCCUGUCAGUGGUUUUGCUGCUUCGCUUCUUACUGGCGCAGGCGGCCCACGUCCACUUGUCACUCAGCCCAAAUACGAGAGCGACCACCUUGCCUGGCAUAAUUCCUAUUAUAAUAGUACGGGCCUUCGUUACCUGCAUGAAAGAACGAGGGUUGGAAACUCGAGGAAAUAUUACAUCCAGGUGGGGUUGAAAUACACUCACACUAAUAUACGGGACUACCUUAUCUUCUCCCAUUUAUACCUCAGCAAUGGAUCCCUCUGCCAGUGGCCAUCCAAAUAACCCAAAUCAGGACUGGUCCUACCACGACCCUGCCUCUGACGACUAUGACGGCGAUACAUCUUCAGAAUAUAAUUCGACAGAAGGAGAAGCAUCAUCACCUGGGCAAUCAACAUACAAUGAAUAUUAUACUCCCGCAGCCACGACCCAAACGACAGUUUCAACCCCAACCACCUCUGUUGACCUGGAAGAUGCCACCGACAACGACACCAGCAGUAGCAGCAGCGGCGGCGGCGGCGGCCUGAGCACCAACACCAAAGUCGCCAUCGCCGUCCCCGUCGCCGUCGUAGGCGCCGCCAUAAUCGCCGCAAUCAUAUUCUUCCUCAUCCGCCGGCGUCGGCGCCAGCGCCAACGAAUCUCCCAACCUCCCGUCAUAUCCCCUCCCCGAAUGGAAACAACCUCCUCCCUCUUCAUCCCCGCUCAUAUCGAACCCGUCCCGCCACCUCCUCCAGCACCAGGGAACCAGCGCUCAAUGACCGAUGAACAUGAACCCUUCUCUCUGCCUCCUCACCCUUCAGAAGUAGGCCUCGCGCAAACGACACCACCAGUCCCCGCCGUCGUUGCAGUACCACCACCAGAUCUAGAAUGGAGGACGUCUGAGGAACGACGUGCCCUCGAACGGCCACAGUCGCCAUUCAGCCACCCGCAUGACCCUGAAGAUUCCAUGUCUGUUGUGUCGGAGAUUAACGACCGGGAGGGAGCGAUGAGGACUAGGGCUGUGAGGGAUGAUGAUAUGUCAUCUGUAUCGAGUUUCGAGGACGACGAGCCAAGACCGUCGAUGAAUCGGCCGCGGUAGUUGCUAUUGGUUGAGUUAUAUAUAUGCAGUGUCUGGACCAAUUUGAUGUCCGUAAUCUAGCUAUCCAUACUUCUAUAUAUCCCCAGUCAAGGUUUUCGAAUGAAUGAGUUAAAUGA